AUCAAGAAAAGCUACAGAGAAAGAGUCGCUUGAGCUUCCUAAUCGAGCCUCUGUCUUCAAUAACUCCAGUCUUCACCAUGACAGCUGCUGUGAGAGCUCACGUAGACACUUGGAUUCCUGGCAGUGGCAUAAUGGAUUCUUCCCGUGUGCCGGUUCGAGGUUCCGGGGAUGGGAUGGAAACUGAUAAAGCAUUGAGCACAGAUUCACUGCCACCAGGGUCAUCUGCAGUACCCCUCUUGAAGGGUACGAGUCCAAAACACAGCCCCAAAUCUAAUCAUGCUGCUGCUGUUGCUCCCGCUCACCAACCUCUUGGUGUGCUCCACCUGGGGAAGGUGAGCAGAGAAGCCUGCACAGAGAUGGAAGCUGUAAGAAUUAUUGUCCCACGGGCCGCCAUUAUCCGAAGUGGACGCCCGGGGCCUGCUGGGGGGAAUGGGGAAGCUGGGCAGCAGAUUGAAGAGCAAGGAUCUCCACCAGUGUCUGUGAUGGAGGACUGGAGAGGACAGCUGGAGAAGCUGCAGAACUCUGAACGCAGGCUUCUACAGGACAAGGAAGGCCUUUCCAAUCAGCUCCGUGUGCAGACGGAGGUGAACCGUGAGCUGAAAAAACUGCUGGUAGCAUCAGUUGGCGAUGACCUUCAGUACCACUUUGACCGUCUGGCACGGGAAAAGAACCAUCUGAUUCUGGAGAAUGAAGCUCUGGGCCGGAGUCUAGCACACACUGCAGAGCAGCUGGAGCGCAUGAGCAUACAGUGUGAUGUUUGGAGGAGCAAGUUCCUGGCCAGCAGGGUCAUGGCAGAGGAGUUAACAAAUGCCAGAGCAGCUCUGCAACGCCAAACCAGAGAAGCACAAGGUGCAAUUCAAGACCUGCUGUCAGAACGGGAGGAGUUCUCCAGAGACAUGGUCCUCACUCACAGAUCCCUGGAGCAGCUCCUGGUCUCUCUGCAGUGGGGCAGACAGCAAACAUACUACCCUAGUGCACAGCCUCUGAGCACAGGAGAGCUAGCAGCCAGCAAUCACAAGCUAGCAGAUGCCAUCAAUGCUCACAUGUUGGGCAACACCAGCAGCAAUGUGGUGAAAAACAGCAGCACAACAGCAGAACAUCUGUGCAACACUCCGGCCGAGAAGAUGGCUGAGAAGGUGCUGAAGACUUUAGAUCCAGCUUCCUGUUCAGACGAUAAGACGGAGCCGAUGCUCAGUGACUCUUCCGCUUCAAACUUUCAGAGCAUUAAGAAGAGUAUUGGCAGGUUUCACCCAUAUACUCGCUAUGAAAAUCUCACAUUCAACUGCUGCAAGCAUUGCAAAGGAGAUAUCCUGGUGUUGUAGAGGUCAUCAGGCAGCUGGGAACCUGCGGUGCACCCGCCCAUCUCAAAUCUACACAUUUCAAGUGACUGGAGGAAAGAAAAGAAGUGUUUCAGAAACUGGCGAUUAUUUGUUAGAUUCUGUGGUUUUUGAUUUGAAUUGACUGACUUGCUUAUUAUUCUGUCUUUGUACACAGAACAACUAAAAGUACAGUAAAACUCGCACUCACCGGACUAACGCAAAAGUCCCAGUGCUUUUGUAUGGUUUUCCACGAAAUAAACACUGUAUUAUAACCAAUUUUCGCUCACAUCAGACAAAACGUCCCGUCCAAUCCCAAUGCAGUUUCAUCAAAAACUCCUCGCAUAUACCGGACAGAGCAGUCUGGAUGUGCCCAGUAACAGGGGUAUGAAAUGAAAUUCAGCACUGACACUCACCGGUUUGAGGAAAUGUGGUACCGUAUUUCCUUGAUUAAAAGCCUGGGUGUUUAUUUUUUCAAACCGUGCUCAGACACAGCACCUAAACGAGGCUGGUGAUUAUUAAAAUGCUGUUGUUGCAUUUCAUACAUAUCCCUGGGAGUGAUGAAACAAACCGCUUAAGAUCAGAACCCUCUGCAUGGCUCUCCAGAGCCUAAUGUGCACCUGCUACAUGAUUGAGACUGUUAAGGACUGUGAUUUGUCACUUUUUCGCUUUCACUCCUUUCUCUCCCAUCAUGUUUUUAAAAGUUUUUGCACUACGUACCCUGAAUACAUUUCAGUCAUGGAUCAAAUACGUUUGGCAGAAAAGUCCGCAAAUAUGACCAACUUUACAAUACAAAGUCCAAAAAGGACUGUCAAAUGACCUGCAGUUCACGGAGGAAAAUUGUAUGUACCAUACCAUUGGUUUGGAGGUUGAUAAUUGUAGAAAGAAGUCACGCUUGGUGAGAGACAAAUUGAUCCAGAAAAAGGAUAAAAAUGCGAUGGAGAACUUUAAAAGGGUCAAAUGCAUGUCGACGUCAUUGCAUGGCCACAGAGUUGGAGACGCAUAAAUCAGGCUUUAGGAUUUUAAGGUACCAUUCCACAGCGAAUUUAUAAAAAAGAAUGACACUACCAAAUAUAAUCCUUUUAAUGCACAUAAUGCCUGGCGCUUAUUUAAGACAGCUGUUUAAUUUUUUCAGACAAAGUUUUGACCCAGUCAUUAAAUGAGGCAGGUCCCAAUUCAAGGUCAGGCAUUUAAUCAAUCAUUUGGCACCUCCUGUCUGCAGUUAAUCUGUUAUAUAUGAUGGAUUUUGUAAUUUUUAAACAUGUAGCAGAUUUUGAUAACUGACAAAAUUCACUGGUCCACCUGAAUUCAUUAUGUGCGAGUUUUAUUGUAAUCUUUUGUUUUUAGGAGUCUGGAUGUGAGACAGUCAUGAAUACACUUUGUAUUUCUCAACGGUCAUAAUGUGGCUUGAAGUUUGGCUUUUUUUGUUGGUUUUUUUUUUUAUGUUUGAACGUGAGCUCAGUGGGGCAAGCAUCUCCUGCUGGAGUAACUGAAGUAUUCAUAUGUAACUCAAAGUCCAGAAAAGGGCAGACACACACACAUCCACAGAUGAAUUGCGAUGUUAUAUGGCCCAUAUGUUAAAAGGGGAGAGAAACCUAGCAUAUGAUUAUGCAGAGAAAUUGUGGAAUAAAUCAGACAUAAGUUAUCAACAAUUUUCAGCAAUAAUGAGUCAACAGUGUAGGAAGUGGCUGUU